AUGAGCGACCGCAAGGCUGUUGUCAAGAAUGCCGACAUGACCGAGGAGAUGCAGCAGGAUGCUGUGGAUACCGCUUCCCAAGCCCUGGAGAAGUUCAACAUUGAGAAGGACAUUGCCGCCUACAUCAAGAAGGAAUUCGACAAAAAAUACAAUCCCACCUGGCAUUGCAUUGUGGGCCGCAACUUUGGCAGUUACGUUACUCACGAAACCAAGCACUUCAUCUACUUCUACCUGGGUCAAGUGGCAGUCCUCCUCUUCAAAUCCGGUUAA